CACGAGCCGACGUUGAGUAAGCUACUGUUUCUGAAUACAAAUUCGGAGCCGCAUCUAGUUUCUUUCUGUCUGCGAGUAAGUGGGUGAUCUUGUUUAAGUAUAAAAGACUCGUCUCAGGAUUAAAUCGAGUAGACACAUCUCAGUAUUCAGACUAGUAUCAACAUGAAGGUAUUUUUAUUAUUGAUAUGUGCCGUGGCCAGCACCACAGCUAGCAAUGCAGUAGCUUGGCCUGGUGCAAUACCGGUGGCCAGUACUCACGUGAAGACCAUUAUCCCAGCACAAAUCGACAGUAUUGGCUAUUCCACCAGUCAGUACUUAAAUGCUAUCCCGACUCAAUUAGCUCAUCAGCAACAUUUUGGUUAUCAAAUUGCUUUGCCAGGAUAUCAUCCUUAUCAACCAGUUGUUAGCGCAUCAUACAUUCCGUCCAACUCAUUCCUAUAUCCCUCUUUUGCACCAGUUGUUCCACAAGUUCCAAGUGUCCCCGUUCAACCCCCGCAGACUGUCCCAAGCCGCCCCGCUGAGCAACCGCAAGGAGAUGAAGAUAGUGCUGUUGUUGAUUCAGCUGAUUUCCCAUCCGGUCAACAACAGCCUUCUGGUGAUAGGCCUCAGUCACAACAACCUCAACCGCCCAUUCAGAACAAUCCAUCGCAAACAUCUUUAGAUUCAAAGAAUAUGCCAGCGAUUUCGCAAAUCCCACAAUUUUCCGGUCCUUUCCCUCAAUACCCAGGUCAAAAUUCACAAUUUCCGGGUCAAUUACCCUCCUUUCCACAAAUACCACAAAUUGGAUCUAUUCCACAACUUCCACAACUUCCACAACUUCCUCAACUUCCACAAUUUCCCCAAAAUCCACAAUUACCAAUGAACCCUCUCUUCCCUCAACCUCCUUCACCUUCUUCACCUUCUUCACCAAGUCUCCCAUUGCCUGAUAGUGGAGCUCAAUCUAAUAACGAUGAAGAUAGCGUAUCAGUAGACAGCGCAUAAUUUAAGGAUUUACAAUAGUUCAUACUUGUCUUUAAUAAUUAAACAUGUCUAGUGACGUGUUUUAUAUAUACUUUUUUAUUUUUAUACUACAUAAAUGAUUCUAAAUAAUAA